UUUCCACUUCCCUUGCAUCACACAGUCUGUAUCUUGCUUGUUCACAUUCGCUCACCAUGGCGUCCAUCGUCGAAAAGCAGCUACACAGCUUGCUGGACGGCUUCGACGCCUUGCGGCUGGAAUAUCAGCGCGUCUACUCGCGUUGCGCUUCUCUCGAAGCCCAGAUGGCUACAGCCAAACUCCAGUAUUCGCGCCUUGCCGCCCUGAGUCCUGAAAAGGCCAAGCCCCUUGAUCUCUCAGCUGCUACGGCAUACCCUCUGGCUGUUGAUUUCGAGAGCUUGAUAAAUAGUUCUAAGAUAGUUGACGCCAGCCGUCGUGACAAAAUCACUGCCGCUUCUCGUACCUCAAACUCGCUGCGUUCGACCAGCGUAGCCAUUCAUUCUGGGCCUUCGGCCGACAACCCUUCCGCUCCCACAUCAUCUGCUGCCAUGCCUUCUAUCCACGAGUCCCCUCUCGAACAAGAUUUCACCGUCCCCGGCACUCCGAGCAGGCUCGAUUGCCCUUUCGCUUCCAUGGAAAGACGCAAAUUGAGCUCGCACGCUGCUUCGGUGGUUUCACGCUAUAAGUCCGAGUCUGUUCGACAGCCGCGCAACUCGGGCUCGCGUGUCAGUGGCCAACGUGCAUCGUCCAGCGCGCGCAACUCCAUCGUUGAUCCUAUAAGAGAGGUUUGUGCCAUGGAUUCACACAAGAAGAACCACGAAGCCGAGCCAUCAGUGCAAGGCUCAUCUACCGACAAAGUUUGUCCCAUCCGCUUCCUCGAUCAACACAGUCCGGAAGAGGUUGCCGCCUACUUUGAGCUACACAAACACGAACUUCCGAGGAGCCACGAGAUAUGUGUGAAGAGAUAUCAAAGCAACGAGGAACAAAUCCGCGAGCUCGACGCAAAAUACGGUAAUAUCGUUAGCAUGAUUCAAGGGCUGGGCCAAAAACACGUAUCGCUCUUGCCGGAAACUUUGGGCGACGAUCACCAGCAAGACAUGGACGAUGAUGAGCGCGCUAGUAACGAGAAAAUCCGUCAAUGGGCCAGCACCGUGUAUACAGGACCCGAUGCUCCCGUGGAGGAGCAGGCGGAAGAGGAUGGUGAUCGCUUGCCACGUUUCGACCGACCACUCAGAGAUGUUCGUCUAGGCGAAAGUCCCAGCAGACCAUGGGGCAUUCAAGUACCCAUCGAAGCAGAAGAUCGCCGCAACAGUGUGUUGUCGAGCGUAGGAGCCGCUGCGGUACCUCCAACCCCACAGCUACCAACCGAAGGACAACCAGGAAGACCCAAGGGUAAAUGCCCAUUCGGAUUCGAUCAACAGAAACAACCAGACCAGGAAAAACAAGACAAGCCAACCGUUGAGGAAGUCGAGGAGACAGCUGUCAGAAAGGCCGAAGAGACGGCUAUUCAAGAAAGCGUGAAGCCCGAGACCAAACCUACCUUUGUGCGACAAGGUCAAUUCAAGGCCUCAACAGAGAAGGCAGCCGGGCAGCACCCAGUGUUUAUCAAAGCAGAGCCCGGAGAGCAGAAGGACCAGGCAUACACUGGUGCACAAAUGGUAUUUACAGGACCGGUCUUCAUCGGCUAUUCUGUGCAGGAAGCCAUGACGGUACUGCAGUCGAUGAAGCGAACUUAGAAUAAUGAUUAAUGCAAGGAAACGAAUUACGACUCU